UUGGUCGAAGCGCUUACUAGCAAGCUGCAGUUAGGCAAGCUCCCCUCGCCGCCUCUUCUCCGGCGAUGGGUCGCCGCCGCCGCGACGGCCUCCACCGGCUGCUGUGCCGGCUCCUCGUGCUCUCGUCGCUGCUGCUCCUCGCGUCCGGUGAGGUCUUCUUCGAGGAGCGCUUCGAAGAUGGUUGGGAGACUCGGUGGGUGAAAUCUGAUUGGAAAAGGAGCGAAGGGAAAGCUGGAACGUUCAAACACACGGCAGGAAGAUAUUCUGGAGAUCCUGAUGACAAAGGCAUACAAACAACACUGGACGCUAGACAUUUUGCUAUCUCAGCCAAAUUUCCUGAAUUCAGUAACAAGAAUCGGACACUGGUGGUCCAGUACUCCAUUAAGUUUGAGCAGGAUAUCGAAUGUGGUGGUGGCUAUAUUAAGCUUAUGUCUGGUUAUGUCAACCAGAAAAGAUUUAGUGGGGAUACUCCAUACAGCUUGAUGUUUGGACCAGAUUUAUGUGGUACUCAAACAAAGAAGCUCCACCUUAUACUUUCUUAUCAAGGGCAGAAUUACCCCAUCAAGAAAGAUCUACAGUGUGAGACAGACAAGUUAACACAUGUGUACACUUUCAUUCUUAGGCCUGACGCGUCUUAUAGCUUACUUGUUGAUAACCGUGAAAGAGAAUCCGGGAGCAUGUACACUGAUUGGGACAUCCUUCCUCCUCGUAAAAUUAAGGAUGUUCAUGCCAAAAAGCCUAAGGAUUGGGAUGACAGAGAAUAUAUUGAAGAUCCCGAUGCAGUUAAGCCAGAGGGCUAUGAUUCUAUUCCGAAACAGAUCCCUGAUCCGAAGGACAAAAAGCCUGACUCAUGGGAUGACGAUGAUGAUGGCAUAUGGAAGCCUAGAAUGAUACCAAAUCCAGCAUACAAGGGACCAUGGAAACGCAAGAAAAUUAAGAAUCCUAACUACAAGGGUAAAUGGAAGAUCCCUUGGAUUGAUAAUCCAGAGUUUGAGGAUGAUCCAGAUCUUUAUGUACUGAAACCUUUGAAGUAUAUCGGAAUUGAAGUUUGGCAGGUAAAAGCUGGUUCAGUUUUCGACAACAUUCUGAUUUGUGAUGACCCUGAGUAUGCAAGAAAGGUUGUCAAUGAAACUUGGGGUGCGAAUAAGGAGGCUGAAAAGGAGGCUUUUGAAGAAGCUGAAAAGGAGAGGAAAGCUAGAGAAGAUAGGGAAGCUCAACAAGCAAGAGAGGAAGGAGAGCGGCACCGAAGAGAGAGGGGUGAUCGGCACCGUGGCAGGGAUUACAAGGACAGAUACAAAAAACGUUACAGGGAUUACGGGGAUGACUACCAUGAUGAGCUGUGAAGUCCCCAAAAUAUUGCAUUCUUCGAAGCAUAAGCUGGAAGUUAGGAUGGACAUUGCGUGACAGUUUUCACCUUAAUCGAUUCGUCAGGCCAGAACAACCUGAAGUGUUUCUUGUUAUGUGCCAAGAAAAUGAUUAAAUUCCAGGAUUGAGAUGAAAUGGGCAAGACUGAAGAUCGUUCCUGCUUCCUAGGCAACAGCAGGACAUUAGGCUCUGGCACUGAAAUAGUUGAAAGAGAUUUGUGUUGUGCCUGUAAUUUUACACGGCGCUGGUGAUGUACUACCGUUGUAAACUCAAAACGUUGUCUUUGCCCAUAUGAACAAUGUAAUGUUGACCAUA